AUGGCUUUUGUGGGCAACAGUGUGAUUUUGAUCAUAACAAUAGCCAGUCCCACCCUUCACACCCCAAUGUACUUCUUCCUCUGGAACUUGUCCUUUUUGGUUGGCUACACCUCAACUAUCAGCCCAAAGAUGCUGGUGAAUUUGCUAGCUGAUAACCAGACUAUCUCCUUUGGGGGCUGUGGAAUUCAACUAUGCUUCUUCCUUCUCUUUGGUACCACUGAGUGUUGUCUUCUUUGUGUCAUGGCAUAUGAUCGCUUAGUUGCCAUUUGCAAACCCUUGCAAUACCCAUAUAUCAUGAACCUCAAGGAAUGUGCUAACCUUGCUGCUGCCUCGUGGGCCAUUGGGAUAUUGGUGGGUGUAGGGCAGUCUAUAUCAAUUUUCACCCUUCCCUUCUGUAGGUUGAAUAGAAUCAGCCAUUUUCUCUGUGAUCAUGCUGUUCUGAAGCUGGCUUCUGCCAAUACCUACAAAAACGAGGUGGCCAUUGCCAUACUAACUGUGGUAUUUGUCCUGAUGCCCCUUUUGCUCAUCCUCUUUUCCUACAUCCUCAUCAUCUCCACUAUUUUCAUGAUGCCAGGGGCCAAGAGCAGGCAGAAAGCAUUUCCCACCUGUUCCUCUCACCUUAUUGUUGUCUUCCUUUACUAUGGCACCAUCACUGCUGCCUACAUUCAUCCCAACUCAGUGUAUUAUGGACAGCAGAGAUUCUUUGCCCUGCUCUACACAGUAGUGACCCCAACCUUGAACCCCAUCAUUUACAGCUUGAGGAACAAAGAGAUAAAAACUGCUUUCAAGAUAUCUCUAGGAAGGGAUUGGGUCUUCUUAGGUAAUAACCAAUUGCAUGAGUUGUUUCAUCUCUUCAACCACCCGCUCAUAUGUAGGGAUAGAAUAAACUCUAGAAAAUGUCAAUGA